AUGGGACUGAAGUGCGGGUCACUAAGGCGACGGAGGUACGAGGAAAGAAGUGCAAAAGCGAAAAGUGACGAGAUAGAUCGACAACUGGAUUUGGAUGAAAAAGCACGAACGGAAGUCAUCAAAAUUCUAAUUCUGGGCACCGCGGAGAGCGGGAAAACGACUUUUUUGAAGCAAAUUCAGUGAGUUUUCGCGUUUUUGUCCAAUCAAAAAUUGCUUUUUUUUUCUGCAGACAGCAUAACGGCGGGUUUGAAAGGCAUGAGUGGGAAGCACUGAAAACGGUUAUCGGCAAAAAUAUACUCGAAGGAAUGGUGGCACUUUUGAGGGCAAUGGAAGCAUUGAAUUUCAAUCUUCAAGAGGAACACAGAAGGGUUUGUGUGAACUUCAAGCGAUUACUAAUUGAUGUGGACUGAAAGUUGUCAAUCGCUUUUCUUAUAUAACAGUGGAAAAAUGCUUUUUUUUUGCAGCAGGACGCCGACAGAAUCAUACGACUAAACAACGAGAGUAACUGGGUGUUUCCGUUCGAUGACGAGACGUUUCGCGCAUUGGAACGGUUGUGGACAGAACGUCAAAUUGAAUAUGUAUACAAGCGGAGGCACGAGUUUCACAUAACCGACUCUCUUGCCUAGUACGUCUUUUCCUCUCGUCUCGCUCCAAUUUAUAUAACUGCUUUUUGAGUUUUCUGAAUGGUCUGGAGCGGUUCAGAGCACAAGGAUACUGUCCGAACGAAGAGGAUCUGAUGCGAGUAUAUGCGCCCACGAAUGCAAUUAAUGUGCUGCAGAUAACAAAAUUUCGUACUCCGGUCACGUACGAGAAAGUUGGGUGGUCUCGCCACGAAAAUGCGUUUUUUCCAGAAUAAUCGACAUGGGCGGGCGGAGAACGAAACGCAGAAAAUGGAUUAACCAAUUCGAUGACGUGAAUUUGAUACUAUUCAUAGCGGCUGUCAAUGAGUACAACCAGAAAUUGAAGGAAGAUAAUACAAUCGUAAUAUUUUUUUAAAUUGAAGGUCACACAAAUUUUAUACUUUUCAGAACCGAAUUCACGAAUCGAUGAACUUGUUCGAGGAGAUUGCGAACCAAAAAUUUUUCAAAAAAGUUCCCAUCGUUUUAUUUCUGAACAAAACGGAUUUGUUUGAGCAAAAAUUGAAAGAAACUGAUAUCACUGUCGCUUUUCCCGAUUGCCAAGGUGAGUAAAAAUCGAGAAAAGUUGGAAAAAAGAAACAAGUUCAGGGGGAAAAAACUAUAGAAAAUGUAUGGAUCACAUUGAAGCAGCUUUCAAAAGUCGCUCACCACCUGGAAGUGUUUUCAAAGUGUACGAGACGUGCAUCACGAAUUCCAUUCCUACUGCCGAGUUCGUCGAACUUAUCUCUGGUGCCAUAACGGAAAGGAAUGCAAGACGAAACGGCAUUAUGUAA